UCAGCCUCUACUCCGGAGCCAUCCACGACGCCUGGUACAACCAGAACUACUCCAACAAGACCAACAUCUACUGAAAGUACUGAUACCACAAUGUCAUCAGCCUCUACUCCAGAACCAUCCACUACGCCUGGUACAACCAGAACUACUCCAACAAGACCAACAUCUACUGAAAGUACUGAUACCACAAUGUCGUCAGCCUCUACUCCGCACGAUGUCGUCAGCCUCUACUCCGGAGCCAUCUACAACACUUGUACUGAUACCACAAUGUCGUCAGCCUCUACUAAAGAACCAUCCACGACGCCUGGUACAACCAGAACUACUCCAACAAGACCAACAUCUACUGAAAGUACUGAUACCACAAUGUCAUCAGCCUCUACUCCAGAACCAUCCACAACGCCUGGUACAACCAGAACUACUCCAACAAGACCAACACCUACCGAUAGCACAAACCAUCCACAACAACCAUCCACGACGCCUGGUACAACCAGAACUACUCCAACAAGACCAACAUCUACUGAAAGUACUGAUACCACAAUGUCGUCAGCCUCUACUCCAGAACCAUCCACAACGCCUGGUACAACCAGAACUACUCCAACAAGACCAACAUCUACUGAAAGUACUGAUACCACAAUGUCGUCAGCCUCUACUCCGGAACCAUCCACGACACCUGGUACAACCAGAACUACUCCAACAAGACCAACAUCUACUGAAAGUACUGAUACCACAAUGUCGUCAGCCUCUACUCCGGAACCAUCCACGACACCUGGUACAACCAGAACUACUCCAACAAGACCAACAUCUACUGAAAGUACUGAUACCACAAUGUCGUCAGCCUCUACUCCGGAACCAUCCACGACGCCUGGUACAACCAGAACUACUCCAACAAGACCAACAUCUACUGAAAGUACUGAUACCACAAUGUCGUCAGCCUCUACUCCAGAACCAUCCACGACGCCUGGUACAACCAGAACUACUCCAACAAGACCAACACCUACCGAUAACACAAUGUCGUCUAGUAUGUCGUCAGCCUCUACUCCAGAACCAUCCACAACGCCUGGUACAACCAGAACUACUCCAACAAGACCAACAUCUACUGAAAGUACUGAUACCACAAUGUCGUCAGCCUCUACUCCAGAACCAUCCACGACGCCUGGUACAACCAGAACUACUCCAACAAGACCAACAUCUACUGAAAGUACUGAUACCACAAUGUCAACCAUCAACGACGCCUGGUACAACCAGAACUACUCCAACAAGACCAACAUCUACUGA